AUGUCUGCUGCGGACUCUCAGCCGCCGGCAACUGUGCCGGAGCGUGCCGUCCGCUUUACAUUAACUAACGACGACGGCAGCAAGCUCUCCGCGUUUCUCGUGGAGCCGAGCGCGGCUCUCCCCGAUGCGACGCUCCCGGAAGGUGCGAUCCGUGAAAGCGCGAAUGGCGGCGAUCGCAUCGUCGCGGAUGGCAGCGCGAAAGUGGUGAUCAUCUGUCAUGGAUUCCGGUCUACUAAGCUGAGCUCCACGGUGCAGAAGCUGUCGGAUGCGAUCCUGGCCGCAGGAUUCGCCACUGUGCGAUUCGACUUCUCCGGCAACGGUGACAGCGAGGGCGCGUUCGCAACGGGCAACUACCGCCACGAGGCAGCUGAUCUGCAGUCCGUGGUGGAGUGGGUGAGGGCGCAGGGCAGGCAUGUGGAGGCGGUCAUUGGGCACAGCAAAGGUGCUGCGGGGAUAAGGGAGAUGAAGGAAGAGCUGUUGCGUUCCGCUUGUUGGUUCAGUCGGGGGUGA